CGGGUUAGUAAACAUACAUCAGAACGCAUUCAAAAUGGUGUCCGACUUCAGAAGGAAGAAGUUAUUGCAUAUGUACAAGUUCUUGGACAAAGAUAACAGCGGCUCAAUCGACAAGAAGGACUUCCAGCUUGCCGCUGAAAACGCAGCGAAACAACGAGGAUGGAAGGAGGGUGACGCCUUAUAUAAGGAGUGCUUUGACACUAUAGACUUGGUGUGGAAUGCCUUACAAAGGGUGGGAGAUGCGAACAACGACGGUGAAGUGAGUGCGGACGAGUGGGUCACAAUGUGGGACACCAUUAGCAAAAGCGCAGCGGACCGCGAGUGGUUGACCCAAUAUUGCAAGUUCAUCUUCAAAAUGCAAGACUAUAAUAACGACGGCUUUAUCGACAGUGAUGAUUAUGUAGCUGCAGGAAAAAUAACAGGAAUCAGCCAGGAAGAUCUUUUGGCAGCUUUCCUGAAGCUAUCGCAAGGAAAACCAAAAAUCUCCUUGACAGACUUCCAAAAUUUGUGGGAUGAGUAUUUCUUAAGUGAAGACCCCAAUGCGCCAGGAAACUACAUUGCUGGCAAAUCUAGUUUUGAUUAAUUAAACAGUGUUUUUUUUAAACUUUGUACCAUUAACUUAUAAAUGUAUUUUUCUUGUGAAAAACGGACGAAACCUGGACGUGAAAAUUGCAGUAAUGUGUAAGUUCAUAAAUUGUUUGCCUGAAAGAAAAUUCUGUUACAUGUUUUACAUUUUGUAUUUAAUACAACUUUUAAAUAAUUA